UUCACCCACACACACUGUGCUCCCUCUCAGUGUGGACUAAGAGUUUGCAAUAUUUCAGGGGAAAUAUACUGGAUUAGACAUUAAGAAUCCAAACAUUUCAACCUGAAAAAGUGAUCUCUGAAGACUCAAGAUGCCAAAAAUUGUCAGACCGGAGAACUGUCAGCCAGCAAAAACACUUUGGUAUGACCGAAAAAAGUACAUUACUGUAAACUUCCUGAUUCAGAAAGCGACAAACGUUCAGGUCGACAUCCAGGACACCAAAAUGAUCCUAAGUUGCAAAGAUGAUGAUGACAACAACAUCUAUAAUGAGAUCGAAUUCUAUGACCGAGUGCUCAGACAUGAUUCCCGAGAGAAGGUACUUGACCGGACCAUUAAUGUUCUGAUAAGAAAAAUGAAGGACAAUGUAGCCUGGCCUCGUCUUACUAAAGACACAGCUAAGCCAGCAUGGCUUUCAGUAGACUUCGAUAACUGGAGAGAUUGGGAAAAUGAGCACGAGGAAGGCCAGGCUGAGUUUGAAGAGUACAUGGAUAUGCUGUCUGACAUGAACAAGAAAGGAGAGCCACCCAGCAUGGAUGACCUUGACCUUGAUAGUGACUGAGUGACUCCUUGCCAAGGUUGUUUUUUGUUCACCCCAAUACUGGGGAAAACACCUCACCCCAUCACUGAUUAUUUUUCCAUAACAACAUGUCACAAAGUGUUUUAUUUCUCUUAUACCACAGCAAUUCACCAAUAAACCUUUUCUUGAUUUAUUUAUUAUUACAUAAUUGAAAAAAAAUUAUUUAUAGAUACAUUUAAUGUUGUGAAACAAGUAAACAGUCAAACAGUCCCUUGUUAUCUUGUCUCUGGCCCUGACGAUAAAGACUCCUUCCAAAAAUGUGAAAUAAUACCUUCAACAAUUCUACACAUUCUUAAUUUAGAAAGUUUAAGGAAUGACUGCAUUGAUACACUGCCGGGUCAAAACACACGUUGCACGCUCUAAGUGUUGUGGCCGGUUUAUGUGUGAAAAUGAUUCCUCAUAAUCCCAGAAACACUCUUUCACAAUUUGAGUCCUGGAAUAUGCCUGUGCCAUCAGAGGAAAAACCUCUAUAGGUGUGUGAUAACCUGGUCAUUUAGUACAUCUAGGUCAUCAGCUGACUUAAUUUUAUUGCCACAAAAUGUUGCUGAGUCUAGACCUGACCAACUAAACCAUCCCUAGAUCAUAACACUUCCUCCAGAGGCUUGUACAGUGAACACUAAACAUGAUGGGUGCAUCGCUUCAUGCUUCUGACGCACUCAUCAUAAGCAUUAGUCUUCUACGUUUUAAUAAUGAAUUGGACAAUUCUUAACCCAGUUUCAGUAAUUUAAGAUCUUCUUAGUUGUUUAUUUUUUUUCUUUUAUUUUUUUUUGCACGCCAAUAA